AUGGCUAAAGUUGUUCAACAUUACAUGAAGAAGGAGAAGAUCCGUGAACUCGACUGGCUUAGUCGGUCUCCUGGCCUUAAUCCCAUCGAACAUUUAUGGGAACUGGUUGGAAGAAAAGUAGAAAGGAGAUACCCAACGACAGAAACUCAAUUGGAAUCAGUUUUGGAGGAGGAAUGGAGAAAUCUUGACAUUAAAGUAGUGAACGAUUUGAUCAUGUAG